AUGGCAGCAGCACGUCAGGUAUAUAUCGCAAUCAUCGGCGCUGGCGGGGUAGGAAAAUGCUUCCUCUCGCAGCUCGAGCAGCUGGCUCGCCACCGGCCCAACCCCGAGCUGGUGCUCAGCUACAUCACCACGAGCAAGAAGGCCGUCUAUAGUAGUGACUACUCGCCCAUUAGCUUUGACAGCGCGCUGUCGACGCUCGCCUCGUCCUCGCAAGCCCCCCUGGAGCCGCUCAAGCUGGCAGAGUUCCUGAGCGCGUCAGGCUCCAAGGCCAUCCUCGUCGACAACACCAGCUCCCAACACGUGGCUGAGGCAUACCCGCUGUUCCUCAGCCGUGGCAUCAGCAUCGUGACGCCCAACAAGAAGGCAUUCUCGGGGUCGUACAAGCUGUGGCAGGACAUUUUCAGCGCGAGCGAGCAAUCGGGCGCGCUCGUCUAUCACGAAUCGUCCGUCGGCGCCGGGCUUCCCGUUAUCUCAACUCUCAAAGAUCUGGUAGACACGGGCGACGAGGUCAUCAAGAUUGAGGGUGUGUUUAGCGGCACCAUGUCGUUCCUGUUCAACUCAUUCGCGCCCACCUCCGGGUCCGGCAGCAAGUGGUCAGCUGAGGUGAAAAAGGCCAAGGAGCUGGGCUACACAGAGCCUGACCCACGGGACGACUUGAACGGGCUCGAUGUGGCGCGGAAGCUGACCAUCCUCGCACGGCUGGCCGGCCUCCCGGUCGAGUCCCCGACAUCAUUUCCGGUUAAGAGCCUGAUUCCCAAGGAGCUAGAGUCUGUUGCCAGCGGUGACGAGUUUCUCGAGAAGCUGCCCGAAUUCGAUGAUCAGAUGGAAGAGACGAAGGUAGCCGCAGAGAGAGAGGGCAAGGUGGUGCGGUUUGUGGGAAGCAUCGAUGUGGCCACGAAGCAGGUCAAGGUCGGCAUCGAGUGGUUUGACCGCUCUCAUCCCAUUGCGUCGCUCAAGGGAAGCGACAACAUUAUCAGCUUCUAUACCAAGCGGUAUGGUAGCAACCCCCUGAUCAUACAGGGCGCAGGCGCCGGAGGCGAAGUAACGGCCAUGGGCGUGACGAGCGAUCUUCUCAAGGUGCUCGCCCAGCUAUAA